UUGCAUCUUCAGCAUCACGUGUCGCGUCGUCGUCGUCUACUAAACUCUUCAGCGAAUUCCGUCCUGUUGCUCACCUUGCAGAUUUCUGCACUUUCUCCAAAGCUACAUUCCUUUUUGAGAUCCUUUCCUAGUUCGUUCUAUCAGACACCUGUAGACCGCAGCGUCGCAAGCGUAGCGAUCUUCCUUGAUAUCACCGGUUAAAGUAUAGAUCAGUCCCAUGGCGACCAUCUCAAAACGACAACUGGAUGAGACACUAGCCGCUUUCGAGACUACCGUGUCCGGUGCCGAUGCUACUGUCAAACUCAAGGACGAUAAAUUAUUUGAGCGACUAAAAACCUUUAAAGAAACUACUUGGUUCGCAAAGUCAGAUGAUCUUUCUGCACCUGUCUGCGCCCGUUACGGAUGGAUUAACAGAGGAUUAGAGACAUUAUACUGCCCAACGUGCGAGAACACGCUUGUGUGCGAGAUCCCGGCAGAGGCGUCUCCAGAGGAAGUGUUGGCAAAGUCGAAAGAAUACCGAGAUAAUCUGUUAACCGCCCAUGGAGAGUCCUGCCCUUGGGCAAUCCAUCACUUGGAUGACACAGCAUAUCGAUUGCCGUUGAGCUCUCCAGCGCAUACCAUCCAAGCAUUCCGCAAUCGGUACAAGGCGUUGUCACAACAUCCACCGUCAAUACCCAAAAUCGUUUUUAAUGAAUCACAAGCUGGUAGAUCUGUCAAUGUCGAUCUUUUACAUCAGAACUUGCACGUCGAUGGCGACGAGUCAGAGGAGCUAACGAGGAGCUGCAUUCUAUUGGCAUUGUUUGGGUGGGAAUUUCCUAACGAGCAAGCUACCGAUUUCCUUCAAUGUCGACUGUGCGCGAGAAUAGUGGGAUUGUGGAACUAUGAUCAUAUUGUGACUUUAACCGAUGCGGACUCUGCCGAUCGCCGAAAGCGAAUAAAGGUGGCACAGGAUAUCAGCGUGGAAUUGCCGUCGCACUUCGACGUUUUGUGGGAACAUAGGUCAUAUUGCCCAUGGAUAUGUACUCCGCCCGGAAGUGGUCAACAGAAACUGGGAUGGAUCGCAACACUUGAUACUGUGUUGUCAGCAGGGAAACCAAACCGUUUAUUGGCCCAUAUGCCUCCACCAAUCCCAAAGGUCACCCGAACAACGACUGCACUUGAAUCAGCAUGAACACCAUAUACGCAUUCUUCCGUACUACAGGAAACCCUUCGACUCGGCAUUUGUACAAUGUGAAGUAACCAUUCUUUAUCAAAUCAUUUUUUAUGAUUGACUUUUUACCCCUGGGGCUGGAUCUGAUGUUGUUGUUGCUGUGACGCUUGAUUUUGCUGUUGCUGUUGGUGGUCACUAUGCGAUUGUUGAGCCUGUUGGGCCUGCUGAGCUUGGUGUGCUUGUUGCAAGGCUUGCAUUUGGUUUUGCAGCUGUUGAAGAUAAUAUUGAUGUUCUGCGGUCGAAGCCUCUGUUUGUGCGUGA